AUGAGUUCAAUACACACACAUAAUACGUAUAAGUCAGUGGUGGCUCAGUGGUUAAAGGGCCCGCCUCUCGUCGCCGAGGGCGCGGGUUCGAUCCUGGCCCGGGCAAGUCAACUUAAAGAGCCUCAGAUUCGAGACCACAACCCGUUCGAGGAGGUUCUACCUCUGUGUUCUACUGAGCACUUGAUUAACCUGCCCAAGUUAUGUACGAACAAAGCCCGCCCUCCCAUCAAGGACGUCGCGUGUCACGCCAUCAGCGACACGUAUGAAGGUGUCACGUUAGUCAUACAAGAGGGUCUUCUGUGUCGCGAGUGUGACACGCCGCUUGACAGUGACAAACACUUCCUCGGUCGCACGUCGCGCAGCAAGUGUCCAUAUGCUACAUCAUGUUACCGAGCGAUGUUGAGACACAGUGGAUAUUGCGCCGGCUCACUUUCACUGGAGGCCGCUCCUAGACCCGCUCCCACGCUAUACUGCAUCUGCGAAUACUCUACAGACAUAAGCACGGACAUUCUAUCUCAUCUCCUCGUGACACAACACACAAGCGCGUACUUAACUGAGGAACUAGCACGAGCCAACACCAUCAGGGAAGAACCAAAACCUGCUGAUGAAGUAGAGCCUGUGAGUAUCUACUAG